AUGGUUAAAGCUGUUGUUCUCGGUGCCUCUGGUGGCAUUGGCCAGCCCCUCUCUCUUUUGCUCAAGGCCUCUCCGCUGAUUGAUGAGCUUGCCUUGUACGAUGUUGUGAACACCCCCGGUGUUACUGCCGACCUUUCCCACAUCUCCUCGGUCGCCAAAAUCUCCGGCUACCUUCCCAAGGAUGAUGGCCUGAAGAACGCAUUGACCGGUGCCGACAUUGUCGUCAUCCCAGCUGGCAUUCCUCGCAAGCCCGGCAUGACCCGUGAUGACCUUUUCAAGAUCAACGCCGGAAUCGUCCGUGAUUUGGCCAAGGGUAUCGCCGAGUUCAGCCCCAAGGCUUUCACCCUGGUUAUCUCUAACCCGGUCAACUCCACUGUCCCCAUCGCUGCUGAGGUCUUCAAGGCUGCCGGUGUCUUUGACCCCAAGCGUCUGUUCGGCGUGACCACCUUGGACGUUGUUCGUGCCGAGACUUUCACACAGGAAUACUCUGGCCAGAAGGACCCCUCAAAGGCUACCGUUCCCGUCAUCGGUGGUCACUCUGGCGAGACUAUUGUUCCCCUCUUCAGCAAGGUCUCCCCCAACUUCGACAUUCCCGCAGAUAAAUACGAGGCAUUGGUCAAGCGUGUCCAAUUUGGUGGUGAUGAGGUUGUGCAGGCCAAGGAUGGCGCCGGUUCCGCCACUCUGUCCAUGGCCUACGCUGGUUUCAGAUUUUCCGAGGCCGUGAUUAGAGCUGCCAAAGGCGAGAAGGGCGUUGUUGAGCCUACUUUCGUCUACCUGCCCGGCGUUCCCGGUGGCGAUGCUAUUGCCAAAGCCACUGGUGUCGAGUUCUUCUCCACCCCCGUGGAGCUUGGCCCCUCUGGCGUGGAGAAGGCUAUCAAUGUUCUGGACGGCGUGACUGCUCGGGAGAAGGAGCUUCUGGCCGCUUGUGUCACUGGGCUCAAGGGGAACAUCGAGAAGGGUGUCGAAUUUGUCAAGAACCCACCACCAAAGUAA